UCCGCCCUUGCGUUGUGACGUCACUUCCGCUUCCUGUAUCACUGGCGACCAUUUCCGCCCGUUUUCUAGUGCAGUUUUUGGACUCUUCAGAGGUCUGGUACUCGUGAAGAGCGGGAAGUCCGGGACAGCCGCUGCCAUGACUGAGGCUGAUGUCAACCCAAAGGCCUAUCCCCUCGCGGAUGCUCACCUCACCAAGAAGCUACUGGACCUCGUUCAGCAGUCGUGCAACUACAAGCAGCUCCGGAAAGGAGCCAAUGAGGCCACCAAGACCCUCAACAGAGGCAUCUCGGAGUUUAUCGUGAUGGCUGCCGACGCAGAGCCCCUGGAGAUCAUCCUGCACCUCCCACUGCUGUGCGAGGACAAGAACGUGCCCUACGUGUUCGUGCGCUCCAAGCAGGCACUGGGGCGAGCCUGUGGGGUCUCCAGGCCAGUCAUCGCCUGUUCUGUCACCAUCAAAGAAGGCUCUCAGCUGAAGCAGCAGAUCCAGUCCAUCCAGCAAUCUAUCGAAAGGCUCUUGGUCUAAGCCUCUGCCCCUGCCUUGCCCUCCCUGCGACUCCACCUCCAAAGUGAUGUAUCAUAUUACCUGUGUUAGCUAUAGUAUUUUCAGUAGCUUUGUUAUAAAAUACUGUCUAAAUCUGGUUUCUGGUUUUGUAUUGCUUGUCUUGAGGAGGAUGGUGCUUCCCCAUCCCCUUCGGCCCUUCCUGCCACCCUUUCACUCUCCCCACUGAAAACGAACCAAUCCCAGGGGGCCAGGGGUUUAGCUCAGCGGCUUAAGUGCAAGAGUGAAUCCCAAAACAGAGAAGCAGAGCAGCAGCGCCACUGAGAGGUAGGGAGAGCUAGAAACGUGAGCCAGGAUGGAGCUGUCUGUCUUGCUGUGCACAGGGUAGGAUGGGAGCCAACCCUAGCCACUCAAGAGUGGCUCUGGCAUGGCGAAGCCACAGAGCUGCACCCGGCUCUGUGGUGGUAGUGGUGGUAGAGGGGGCCUGUGCUCCCCAGGGAAUCUUGUAUCUGAGGAGGCUUUCAUGUGUUCUGUGAGGUUACUGGGCUGGUGUCCAGGUACCUCUUACUAACGUACCCCUGGGUGCUUCUGACAGUGUGGUAUGUCCCCACCAGCCCUGUCCCUGCCCCCAGCCCCAAGAGCAAAGCAGGGAUGCACUGAGGACUCCAGACAUAGCCUGGUAAGUGGGCCGGGAGCCAGCUGAUCUGGGUCUUGAACCAGGAUGGGCACAGGCAGCAGGGGCAUCUGAUGCUGGAGUGGAGGGUGUCGGGAGAUCAUAGAGACGUGGCUGGAAGCCACAGCAGGGACAACACAACCAGGAAGCAUCUUUCUGGUGAAUGAGGAUUUACUGCCUCAGUGGCCACUUGCAUCAGCCCUGGGAGCCCCCACCUCUGCCUCGGGCCAGUGUGGGUCAAGUGUACUUUUCACUGUAUGAGGGGCGCCCUGAUGUGUCAUUUGCUCUGAGCACCCUAAUAAAGCUCUUCAUAGUCCA